ACCGGACCAGAUUUCGCUUAUUCACUUCACUCCACAACAAGCAUGUCAAUAAAGUAUUGAUUUCGCCAAGGAUCGAUCACUGCCAACUUUGCAACUGCAAUUAAAAUUAAAUAUUUUAGUGGAGCUACUUUUUUUACGAACCACUCCACACCAUGACCACCUCACCAGCAAUUAUAUUGAAUACAAGGUUUGAAUUUUGAAGACGACCGUGGUUGUCGAAAAAGGAGUGGAACUAGUCACUUUUAGGAGCAGCAAAACAAGAGCUUCUCAAUCAAAUUCUAAAGAUACUCACUCGUUUGUAAUUAUUCCAAUUAACGGAGACUGACUGAACUAAAGUGUUUGACAAUUCGGUGAUUUGUAAGGAUUUCCCUUAAAAUGGAGACCAGAACGACUCGUUAUCGCGGAGAGCGUCGCACGUUCGAAAGUUCUUCAUCUAACUUUGAGCUUCCAAGUCGCUCCUAUGAUUCCAAGAAGAGACAGCGUCGUACAGAAGAACCCAGCGUGCUUACCUUACUUCCAGUCAUUCUGUUUACCUUGGCAGUUUUUUGCUUUAUACGGUAUGUCGACUUUCGUCUUCCAACGCCAUUAAGCGUCGCCGAUAUUGGAGAGAAUCCGAAGAGUUUCAUUGAAGAAAGAGCCAGGAAUGAUUUAAUAAUUUUGACAAGUGUGGGACCUCGCGUUGCCGGAAGUCAUGUUAAUGAUAUCACCACUGUAGACACGUUGACGAGGAUUAUGCAAGAGAUUCAAAGAACAAAGCUAGCAAUUCAUAAUAUUGAGUUUGAAGUACAAAAACCAAUCGGAUCUUUUUACAUGAAAUUUCAAGACGGUUUGACAUCGUCGUAUUCAAAUAUUCCAAAUUUUGUUGUCAAAUUGGAACCAGUGAAUCGAGUUACAAAUGAUUCCGUUUUGGUAAACUGUCAUUUUGACACUGUGCCUGGAUCGCCUGGUGCUAGUGAUGAUAUGAUAAGCUGCGCUGUCAUGUUGGAGGCGAUACGAGUGCUUUCUCGAGAUCCAACCCCACUUCGAAAUACUAUCGUGUUCUUGUUUAAUGGUGCUGAAGAAAAUGUCUUGCAAGGAGCACAUGGAUUUAUCAAGGGGAAAGUUGCUGGAUCGGAUGAGGUUGGACACGAAUGGACGAGAAAUCUAAAAUGUUUUUUGAAUUUGGAAAGUGCUGGUGCUGGAGCAAGAGAAAUUCUAUUUCAGACAGGACCAGGAAACGGUUGGUUGGUUGAGUCGUAUUCCAAAGUUCCUUAUCCGUGGGGCUCUGUUGUUGGUGAAGAAAUCUUCCAAAGUGGUCUGAUUCCAUCUGAUACUGAUUUUCGCAUUUUUCGUGAUUUCGCACAAAUUCCGGGUUUGGAUAUGGCCUUUGUUAAGAACGGAUACGCUUAUCAUACCGAGUUUGAUAACGUCGAAAAUGUAACUCCUGGCAGUUUACAACAUGAAGGAAGUAACGUCUUAGCUCUCUUGGAAAGCUUGGGAAAUGUGGAUUUCUCUAAAAUUCAAUAUGGCGACACAAAAAUGGUGUUUUUCGAUGUGUUUGGAUAUUUCAUGAUCUCUUAUUCACAAAAAGUAGCUGUCGUGUUCAAUCUUUUCCUUGGGUUUCUUGUCUUGGCAAUUGCUUGGAAUGAAGUUGACCGAAAUGUCGGAACAAUGGCGUGGCAUGUUUUCUCGACCCUUGCCGCUUGGACUGCUGGAGUAAUUUGCGCCCUUAUUGUUGGACUUUUACUCAACGCCUUCAAAAUGCCUAGUCCAUAUCACUCUUACCCAAUGUCUGUAUUUCUAAUUUUUGGCGUGCCAUGUCUCAUUGGUCAAGUAAUCGUCUACUCUUGGGCACUGAAAGAAGACAACGACUUUACUUGGAUUGCAGGAAAAACUACUCUCGCACUUUGCCUCAUCCUUACAACGCCUUUCACGAGAAUCGUUUUCUCCAUCACGUUUAACCUGUUGUUUGGAAUUGUUGGAUGGUACAUUGCCAGAUUGAUUUUUAAAGGUGUCUCUUCUUCUCCCGUAUCUGUAGGAUACAAAUUGCGACUUGCGUUUUACUUGGCCGUCGGAGAAGCAUUUCCUAUGGCGCUGUCCCUCUACUUGGUGGCUGGAUGUUUAGACACGUUCGUACCCAUCAUGGGUCGCUCUGGUUCAGAUUCAAACCCAAAUUUAUUCAUCGCCAUUCUAACAUCAUUCACUCUGACGGUCCCUACUGCCACCGGAAUUGUUCCAAUCUUUGUGUAUUUCAAGAAAGCGUUUCUUCGUGGGAGCGCCAUCGUUAUGCUCGUACUGCUUGGUGUGCUGAUUUUUGUCGUUGGAAAGGUGCCAUACACUGAUACGACACCAAUGAGAGUUCAUUUGAUUGAGGUGGAUCGGACGCAUUUCGAUGCUGAUCUAACUACCGUAAAGAAACGUGACGCUGGACUCUGGUUAUUCAAUGUUGACCCAAACAUUCCCAUGUUUUACGAUAUAUUGGGCGAAAAUAUACCUGAAUUGAAGCACAAAAACCACGUCGAAAUUGAUGCCUACGACUGUGAAGAUUUAUAUUGUGGAUUACCAUUUAUCUUUCCCGUCAAAAAAUUGAUUCGGAGAUCGCAUUGGAUUCCAAAACAGAUUACACUACCUAAUGAAAUGACUUCCAGAGUAAGAAUGGAAAUUACUCAAGACAGCUUUAUAUCAAGUGAUGUUCGUCGAAUAACUUUCUCCUUCGUGGGACCUGAUCACAUGACGAUCAACUUUAGUCCUGGUAAAAAUUAUGACAUCGUCAAAUGGACUCUCACAGACAACGUUCCGGAACCAAUGUCUGUCCUCUGGAAGGGCAGACCCACUUACUUUGUGUAUCACGCUAGAGGGAUUGCUUUUGAAAGAUUUGACGUCACCAUUGACUUCAAAAGGAAGGCAAAACCCGACCCCACAUCCAGCGACCCUCUCGUCGACAUAAAUUACUCUGCAUUUUAUCUGCACGGCGCUGAAAUGAAAUCACCGGAGAUGUUGCAGUUUAUCAAAAAAUUGCCCUCGUGGACGUAUGUGCUAGGAUUUACUGGUGUUAGUCAUGUAUACCAUGUCCCUGUUUAGUCAUAUUUCAACUCAAGCUUUAAUUUUUGUUAUACAUAAUUAUUUACGUUACAUGGAACUAGCUAACUCAUCCUAAAUUCAUUAAUAAUUUUGUGUGUACUUAUAUUUUUGCGUGUUGUGAUAGAAUAUUCCUAAAUAUUCUGCCAUUAAUUAAUUAGUCGGUUUAAUGCAAAGGGUUAAAUUUUCAUGAGCAACCCCAUGAUCAAAUUUAUUAGUCAACCACUGCCUAAGAAGCUAACCUGUACUUAUCCUAGCCUUCCAAUUAUACUUCCUUGCUAUUACUUAAAUAUAAGUAACAUUCUGUUAAUUAAGUAUUAAAUAACUCAAUGCAAUCAAUAAAUAGAAUAAUAAAACAAUA